AUGGGGACCUGCACAUUCUCGUUGUCUGUCAUCUGCUGUGGCCACUGUCCACAGAAGUGUUCAGUUCCUGCUGUGCCCGCAUACCAGACGUAUCAGCCUCUGUUUAUGCCAUGCCAUGAACUAGAAUGGAAGAUGUUUGCAAUUAGUUCUGCUCUUUAUGGAUCCUUCUAUAAAAGGAUUACUUUACCCAUAGGAGACCACGUGUGGUGGUUUCCUCAGGAGUGGUGCUUUGUCAUCCCUGAGCCCACCCCGCCAGAGCCAGAGGAGGAGAUCUUAGGGUCCGAUGAUGAGGAGCAAGAGGAUCCUGCAGAUUACUGUAAAGGAGGCUAUCAUCCAGUGAAAAUUGGUGAUCUUUUCAAUGGCCGCUAUCAUGUUAUUAGAAAGUUAGGAUGGGGACACUUCUCUACAGUCUGGCUAUGCUGGGAUAUGCAGGGGAAAAGGUUCGUUGCAAUGAAAGUUGUAAAAAGUGCCCAGCAUUAUACAGAGACAGCCUUGGAUGAAAUAAAGUUGCUCAAAUGUGUUCGUGAAAGUGACCCUAAUGAUCCAAACAAGGAUAUGGUUGUACAGCUAAUUGAUGACUUCAAAAUUUCUGGAAUGAAUGGCAUUCAUGUCUGUAUGGUCUUUGAAGUACUUGGACAUCAUCUCCUAAAAUGGAUAAUCAAAUCCAAUUAUCAAGGCCUUCCUAUCCGUUGUGUAAAAAGUAUAAUUCGACAGGUACUUCAAGGUCUAGAUUAUCUACACAGCAAGUGCAAGAUCAUUCAUACGGAUAUAAAGCCAGAGAACAUUUUGAUGUGUGUGGAUGACGCCUACGUGCGUAGGAUGGCUGCUGAGGCUACUGAGUGGCAGAAGGCUGGUGCUCCUCCUCCCUCUGGCUCAGCAGUGAGUACAGCUCCACAACAAAAGCCUGUUGGAAAAAUAUCCAAAAACAAAAAGAAAAAGCUGAAGAAAAAACAGAAGAGACAAGCUGAGCUGUUAGAAAAACGCCUGCAGGAAAUAGAAGAACUAGAGCGAGAAGCUGAAAGGAAAAAAAUAGAAGAAAAUGUAACCUCGGCUGUACCAUCAAAUGAGCAGGAAGAUGAGUACCACCCAGAGGUGAAACUAAAAACAGCUGAUAUAGAAGAGGUAGUAGAUGAAGAACCUGGAAAUGAUGAUGGUGAAGCAGAAGAUCAGGAUGAAAAAGAAGACACUGAAAAAGAAAACACUGAAAAAGAUGAUGAUGUUGAGCAGGAACUUGUCAACACUGACCCUACAGAUCCUAAGUGGAUAGAAUCCCCCAAAACCAAUGGCCAUAUUGUGAAUGGCCCAUUCCUAUUGGAACAGCAGAUUGAAGAUGAAGACGAUGAAGAGGAAGAAUGUCCAAAUCCAGAGGAGUAUAAUCUUGAUGAGCCAAAUGCAAAAAGUGAUUACUCUUAUAGCAGCUCCUAUGAACAGUUUAAUGGUGAAUUGCCAAAUGGACGUCAUAAAAUUCCAGAGUCACAGUUCUCUGAAUUUUCAGCUUCAGUGUUCUCUGGGGCUCUAGAAUCUGUAGCUUGUGGUUCUGCUGUUUCUGAAGGAUCAACUGUAACUGAAAGAGAGGAGAGCAGCCCAUCUCACGACAGGAGCAGAACAGUUUCAGCUUCAAGCACUGGAGAUUUGCCAAAAACAAAAACUCGUGCUGCUGACUUACUGGUGAAUCCACUGGACCCAAGAAAUGCAGAUAAAAUUAGAGUUAAAAUUGCUGACCUGGGAAAUGCCUGCUGGGUGCAUAAACAUUUCACAGAAGACAUCCAGACAAGACAAUACAGAUCCAUAGAGGUUUUAAUAGGAGCAGGUUACAGUACACCUGCUGAUAUCUGGAGCACAGCAUGUAUG